UGAUGAACCCAGUAAGAGUGUUUCCUAUAAAAUUUAAUGAGUCAUAAUAAUAAUCAAACAAUCAAUAAUCAAGUGCAGGUUCUCCUUAGCUAAAGAAAAAAUAGGGAUAAUAACAGCCAUCAGAAAGAUCAAAUGUUAUAAAUAUGUCUCCUGUGAUGUAUAUAAAAUGAGAUUAAUUUAGAAAUGGGCAACAAUAAAAUAAGAGUAAAAUGCAAUUGAAGAGAUAUUAGACUGCAAGCAAUGGAAUAUAAGACGAUAAAGUGAAAAUAGUAAUUUCAAAUAAAUUAUGUUAGAUUCAACAAUAGAGAUUAACUUUAGUAUAGCCAAGUAGUUAUUCACCAAAGAAAAGAGUUAUAAGUUCAAAUUAAUAAGAAGUAUUUCCAAUAUAUAUUUAGGUACCAUCUCCUACAAAAUUACCAAAUUUAAAAAAAGUAGAGAAUACAACAAGUUAAGAUAUUUUAUAAAAAAUCGAUUUGGGAUUAGCCUAAAAAAGAAGUAAGAGAACAGAUGCUAGCAAUGAAGUAACACCAUCAGUAUUUUUAAAUUAAAUAUUUUUUAGAGCAGAGCAUAAAUAAUUAAAUUACUUCAAGAUACUUCCCCUAAACAGAAGGUUAAUGUCUCAAGAGCAAAAAUGGCAUCUUAAACUAUUGAUUAAGAUACAAGCAUAAAGCCUAAAAUGCCAUAAUAAAUGGUAAUGUUACAUGGAAGAUCAACAAGUCAAGCAACAUUAGUAAAUAAUGUAACAAAUGAAUAUGAGAUGCAAGAUUACGUUUAAUUGUUCUUUUCAAAGUAUAAAUAUUAUAAAAUAAGAUCUCAAGCUGGUUAAAAUGGAAAUGGUUAAACAAAAACUAAUUAAGAUAGUGUUAUAAUUACAAAUAAUUUAGGUGGAAUUAAAAAUAGAUAUAUUUUCUCAGUUUGUGAUGGACAUGGAGUUUAUGGACAUUAUGUUUCAUAAUUAGUCAAAAAAGUGCUUCCAACUUUAAUUGAUUAAUCAAUUAAAACAUUUAUAGGGAAAUAAGAAUAAGAUAUUAGUGAAGUUUAUGAAUAAGAAAUUCAUAAAGUUUUGAAUUCAAGUUUUAAUAAAAUGACAAAAGAUUUAUAGAAUUCAGGAAUUGAUAUUACAUUUAGUGGAACAACUUGUUCAUUAGUAUUUUUAUCUGGACCUCAUUUAUGGUGUGCAAAUAUUGGAGAUUCAAGAUCUGUAAAUUAAAUAUACUAUAUUAGAUUUUUAUUGAAUAACAAAAUUUUAAUAAAUGGAAUGUUGUAGAAUUAUCUAAUGAUCAUAAACCUGAUUUACCUUCAGAAUUUAAGAGAAUUAUUUCUAAUAGAGGAAGAGUUGAACCUUAUAUGACAGAAACAGGAGAAAAGAUUGGACCAGCAAGAGUUUGGUUAUAACAUGAAUAAAUUCCAGGAUUAGCUAUGAGUAGAUCAUUUGGAGAUUAUGUUGCUUCAACUGUAGGAGUAACUGCUGAACCUGAAAUUAUACAUCAUAAAAUGGAAGCUAAUUGUGCAUUUUUAGUAGUAGCAAGUGAUGGAGUUUGGGAGUUCUUUUCAAAUGAAGAAAUUUAAAAAAUUGUGAUAUCUCAUUGGAGUCCUAAUAUGUCUGCUAAAAAGAUAGAUGAGAUCUGUGAAAUAAUUGUUAGAGAAUCAACUAAAAGAUGGUAAGAAGAAGAUGAAGUUAUAGACGAUAUAUCUAUUGUUAUUGCUUAUCUCCAUAGAUAAUGAA